AGAUUAUCCGUUAGUUGGAGCAAAGUCUCGAAAAUUAUCCGAUGCAUGCACUUUAGAUUUAAUUAACACACAGUAGCAGUGUGUAUAUUUUACAAUAGCAGGUAGAGAAGGAAGAAUAUUAAUAAUAAUAGCGGUUUAAUUAGUUAGGAAAGAAGGGUGGUUUAAUUUUCAAAGUGAUGCACAUAAAAAUUCAACGAUGAUGAUGAGGGAAUGGGAACAAAGAUCUUGGGUGUUUUCCUUAGCAAUCAAAUAAAAUCGAAUUGAAAGGGGAAGGAGAGAGAGAAAGUUGAUGUGUGGUGGUUGUACCAACGCUUUAGAGAGAAUCUAGGAAGAAGAUCUCACCAUGAAGCACACACACAAAAACAACACCACAUCCAUGCCACUGUUCCACCACAGUUUUUUCUCUCAUGCACCCACUUAUAGCAAACAAAAAAAGCUAAGGGGAUAAUUACAUUCCACCUCUUCUUCCUAUUCUUUCUUUUCUCUCUCUCUCUUUCUCUCUCCCUGCGUCACACUGAACUCCCCUCAGUUAUAUUAUAUAUAUUUCAACAACAUACAUUAAUUAACGAGAGAGUGUUCAUCAGCUUAUUCUCAACCUUGAUAUGGAGUUUGUGGAUACCAGAAAACUACAGUUCCAGCCACAACUGCAACCGCAGCAGCACCAACAUUUUCAUGUGCUGGCAGUGGACGACAGUGUCAUAGAUAGGAAGCUUUUGGAGAGGCUCCUCAGAGGUUCUUCAUGCAAAGUUACCUGUGUGGACUCUGGAGACAAGGCUUUGAAAUAUCUUGGCCUAGUUGAUGAACUUGAUGAUACUACUUCCUCAACCUCUUUAGAAUCAUCAUCUUCUUCUCCUCCACCUCAACCUCUACAGCAAGAGGGAAUCAAAGUGAAUUUGAUCAUGACAGACUAUUGCAUGCCAGGGAUGAGUGGCUAUGAUUUGCUUAAACGAGUCAAGGGAUCUUCUUGGAAAGAUGUCCCAGUCGUGAUCAUGUCAUCAGAAAAUGUACCUUCCAGAAUCAGCAUGUGCUUAGAAGAAGGAGCAGAGGAGUUUCUAUUGAAGCCUCUUCAGUUAUCGGAUUUGGAUAAGCUUCAGCCGUACUUUCUGAAAUCCCUUGACAAUUCUUGUGAAAAGGAAUCUGCAAACAGUUCCAUAGAUUCCGAGAAUGAUGACAAUGUCGUCAUCAUCAACAACAAUAACAAUAAUAGUAUUAGCAAAAGGAAGGUCAUGUCUCCUGAGCCUCAUCACGAGAGAUCAAGACCAAAAAUGAAAGAGUUGGCGGUGGUGUAAAAUAACAAGUGGUUGAUGCAUGCAUACAUAUUAUAUAGUUUAUGACUAUGAUCCUAAUUAUGGUUAUCUCCUCUACUCUACCAGCUUAAUUAAUGUUACCACCACUUCGUCUUUUUGCAUGUUGCAUGCCAACUUAAAUCAGUGUGAAACGAUUAAUUUUGACAAAUGCAGAAGGAACAUAUUGCGUGGCUUUAACUCCUUUCUAAUGUAUAAGUGUGGAUUUGCACUUUCCAGGG